CAGCCGCGGGUGGGCCUGGGCCUGGUCUAGUAAAUUCCUCCAUAUCGGUCUAUCUUGGGCUUAGUUAAACACACGUGUCGUUAAAAAUAUUUUAAGUUUGUAAUAAUAUAAAUUACAUCAAACGAUUUCGGAUUUGAAUUUUAAAUCGAUAUUGAAAUCGAUGAUGAAUUUUUCAUUCAAGUGUAUUAUAACCUAUGUUUUGAUACUCUUUGGUAUAAAAUGUGGAGGGUACAAGAUAUUGGCCGUGUUUCCCAUCCCUGCAGGAAGUCAUAGGAUAUUAGGGAAUGGGGUAGUCAAUCACUUGCUUAAGGCGGGACAUGAGGUUACUUACAUCACGCCGUUUCCUGAAAACAAAACCGUUCCUAAUCUCCGAUAUAUUUCAGUCAUUGAUAAUAUCAACCAUCUUAAUGUUACGUUGAUAAAUCUAAAAAACCUGAUGACGAGAGACAUAGAAAUGGAUCAAGACAAUAUCUUCAACAUGCUGAUGAAUCUUACGAGAAAUACUUUAAAAAGCGAAAACGUAUCGGAACUUCUUAAUGAUCCGACUGAGAACUUCGAUUUGGUGUUAGCUCAGUGGACGUUCAAUGAAGUAUUUAGCGGUUUUGCAGCCGCAUUUAACUGCCCAUAUAUUUGGUUCUUUCCUUACGAAGCUAGUUUUACUGCACUAAGUUUGAUCGACGAAGCGACCAAUCCAGCUUACACCGCUAAUAUCGAAAUGAGGGAUAUACCUCCUUUCACCUUUUGGCAGCGCUUUAAGCUGCUGAAAUUCCAGAUAACGAAGACAUGGAGAAAUUACUUCUAUCAACGAUACAUCGAAAAUGAAGUGUUUGAUAAUGCUUUCAAACCAAUAUUAACAAAGAAGAAUAGAACAUUACCAGAUUAUGAAGUGUUGCGUCUAAACGCUUCUCUAAUCUUUGGAAACUACCACGUGUCUAUGGGACAGGCAAUAAGGUUGCCACAAAACUAUAUUCCUAUCGGUGGCCAACAUAUCGAUGAAGUUGUACCGGUAUUGCCUAAAGAAUUGAAAAAUAUCAUGGAUGAAGCAACAAACGGCGUUAUCUACUUUAGUAUGGGAUCAAAUUUGAAAAGCAAAGAUCUACCCGAUUCCAUUAAACAAGGACUCAUAAAAAUCUUCAGUGGAUUGAAUCAAACUGUUUUAUGGAAGUUCGAGGAACCUGUACCUAAUCUACCUAAGAAUGUCCAUAUCCUACAGUGGGCACCACAGUUAAGCAUAUUAUCUCAUCCUAACUGCAUCCUACUGAUCAGCCACGGCGGUCUACUAUCAAUGAACGAAGCAAUUCAUUUCGGAGUACCACACAUAUCUAUACCAGUGUUCUACGACCACCUGUAUAAUGCUGAUAAAUCCGUGAGCAGAGGAAUUGGAGUCAAGGUUGAUCUUACUGAUAACUUAGCUGAAGAUCUGAAGGAAGCUAUACAUGAAAUGCUAAAUAAUUCUAUGUACCGAGAACGUAUGAAGGAAGCAUCCUUCAUCUACCACCACCGUUUGGCACCACCAGGUAAAGUCCUGGUCCACUGGGUAGAGCACGUGAUAGCCACCAAAGGGGCUCUACACCUUCGUUCACCAGCUCUCCUGAUGCCCUGGUACCAGAAGAUAUACUUAGAUCUAGUUUUAUUGUUAGUUCUAGGAAUAAUACUGACGUUAUGGAUUUUACGUAGAUUGUAUUAUAUAAAAAUGCAGUAUAAAGUAAAAGCUAAAAUGCUAUGAUUUAAAUAAAUUAUUGUAAAAGAAA